CUCAUCAUGCUCCGUGGCCCCAGCAGCCUCGUCGGCGCGUCGGUCGCCCCUGCCGCUGCCCUGGCUGUGGCGCUGCUCUCGUCGCUGUCGCGCUGCGACCUCCUGGAGUCGGAGCAGCCGGUGGUCUCGGUGCUCAGCCCCUACUUCGGCACCAAGACUCGCUAUGAGGAUGCCAAUCCGGGGCUGCCGGACGCCGAGGUGCUGCGGCGGGGCGCCGAGCGGCUGGAGGACGCCUGCACCCCGGUGCAGCUGGUCGCGCUCAUCCGCCACGGCACCCGCUACCCCACGGCCAAGCAGAUCGCCAAGCUGCGGCAUCUGCACCGGCUGCUGCAGAGCCGCGCGCCCGCGCUCGGCGGGAGCGGCGCCGACGACGACGGCCGCGACCUGGGCGCCGUCCUGGCCCGCCGGCCGCUCUGGUACGCAGACUGGAUGGACGGGCAGCUGGUGGAGAAGGGCCGGCAGGACAUGCGGCAGCUGGCGCUGCGAAUGGCCUCGCGCUUCCCCGCGCUCUUCAGCCGCGAGAACUACGGCCGCCUGCGGCUGAUCACCAGCUCCAAGCACCGCUGCGUGGACAGCGGCGACGCCUUCCUGCAGGGGCUGUGGCAGCACCACCACCCGGGGCUGCCCGCGCCCGACGUCGCAGACAUGGAAUGCGGACCUCCAAGAAUUAAUGAUAAAUUAAUGAGAUUCUUUGACCAUUGUGAGAAGUUUUUAACUGAAGUUGAAAAAAAUACUACUGCUCUUUAUCAUGUAGAAGCCUUCAAAAAUGGACCAGAAAUGCAGAAAAUUUUAAAUAAAGUUGCAGCUACUUUGCAAGUGCCAGUCAACAAUUUAAAUGCAGAUUUAAUUCAGGUAGCUUUUUUUACCUGCUCAUUUGACCUGGCAAUUAAAGGUGUUAAAUCUCCUUGGUGUGAUGUUUUUGACGUAGAUGAUGCAAAGGUAUUAGAAUAUUUAAAUGAUCUAAAACAAUAUUGGAAAAGAGGAUAUGGAUAUACUAUCAAUAGUCGAUCCAGCUGCACCCUGUUUCAGGAUAUCUUUCAGCACAUGGACAAAGCAGUUGCAGAGAAACAGAGGUCUCAGCCAGUUUCUUCUCCAGUCAUCCUACAGUUUGGUCAUGCAGAGACCCUUCUUCCACUGCUUUCUCUCAUGGGCUACUUCAAAGACAAGGAACCCCUAACAGCUUACAAUUAUAAGGAGCAAACACAUCGGAAGUUCCGAAGUGGUCACAUUGUACCCUAUGCCUCAAAUCUCAUGUUUGUGCUGUACCACUGUGAAAAUGCUAAGACUCCUAAAGAAGAAUUCCAAGUGCAGAUGUUACUGAAUGAAAAGGUGUUACCAUUGGCUUACUCACAAGAAACUGUUUGUUUGUAUGAGGAUCUGAAGACCCACUAUAAGGACAUCCUUCAAGAUUGUCAUACCAGUGAAGAAUGUGCUUCUCCAAAGAUGAACACCACAUCUGAUGAGCUCUGAGUUGCUGAGCUCUGAGUUGCUGAAGAACAUUUUCAAUUCAUCAGGAAUCUCUGGGACAUAAUUCUAUGAUUGAAAUUGGUGGGCAAUCCUGAGUUACCAGAAAGCUUUCAUGUUACUUGACAUUUCUGUUUUUUUCACAGGAAAACAUGUUUCUUUUGGGGGUCUGCACAUGGUUAUGUAAGAAAACAUGUCUCUGGAGCAUUUAGCUUAAGGGAAAAAUCUAUUCAAAGAAACAGCUGUGCUGCAAAUGUUUACAGAAAUUGUUACUCUUCUAAGAAACCUCCUAGAUAGAGAUAGAAUAUGAUUUGAAAGUGCUGGAGUAACAAAAUAUGUCAGUUGGGGAAUUCAUUGCAUGGUGUAACAAAGCUAAGGCCUUUGCCAUUUGUGCUGUAAUAUUCUUUUUGUCAGGUAGCACUCUGAGAUCGUCUAAUCAUGAAAAUGAAGAUACACUGAGAGAAGAAACCACUUAGGACGAAAGCUAGCACCUGAGAAAUCUGAGAAUUCGAAACAAUAUUAAGAAACAGCCUGGGGACUGGAGAGAGAGUACAGCUGGUUAGGGCAUUUGCCUUACAUGCGACUGAUUUGGGUUUGAUUCUUGGCACCCUAGAUUGUCUCUCUAGUGCCACUAGGUGUGCUACCUGAGCACAUAGCCAGGAGUAAGUUCUGAACAUCAGUGGGUGGGGCCAGAAGGCAGAAAGAAAAAAAAAAAGGCAAACAAAACCAAAAAGAAAAAAAAAUACAGUCUGAUUUAUUUCACUGAUGGGAAAAAAAAUGUGUCAAGAAAUAAAUAUUUUAAAAGUACUUACAAAGUAUUUGAACAUUUUAUCAUAAAUAUCCUUUAACUUAUUAAGUUCUGGUAAGACCAGACUUCUUCCCGGUCUUUUUUUCACUCUAGAAGUACCAUAUAUGAACUUCCACCCUGCAUUGGCAGUCAGGGAUCAUCAUCAGGGGCUCCUGCAGGGUCACUGCCUGUUUUUAAUUAUCUCUUAAUUAUCAUCGUACCUGGUAUGUAUAUGAGGACAUAGACACCAGUGGAAAAGCAAAGUGUGGGAAAAAUCAGAGUUUCUUAAAUUGAUUGCUUAGCAUUUGUCUCUUAUCCUGUCACUUUUUUUCUAUUUUUAUAUUUGGCUCUAUGUAAAGUGUGUCUUUGAUUUUCUUUUUCUUCAAGAUUUUGUCACAACUUGCUCAGUUUUACAAGUAUUAAUGAAACCAUUUUCAAGAAAUAGCUUAUGCUGAAUGCCGUGACAGUGUUUGCUAUAAUAAUAAAUGGAAUUUUUGUGA